AUGGCUAUCGAAACUACUACAUCCACAUCUGCAUCUGAGGGAUCUGUUGUAUCUGGAAGUGAUGCCAAUGGCAUUUUGUAUGUGCAUCCUUCAGACAAUCCAGGAAUGAUACUUGUUCCUGUCCAGUUUGAUGGAACAGGAUAUAGGACUUGGAGAAGGGGUGUUAUGAGAGCAUUGUCAGUGAAGAACAAGUUAUGUUUCAUUGAUGGAAGUUGUGAGAAACCAAGCACCAAUUCACCUCAAUUACGUCAAUGGCAGAGGUGUGAUGAUAUGGUGACAUCUUGGAUUCUGAACUCUUUAACCAAAGAAGUUUCAGACAGUGUGGAGUAUGUAAGCAAUUCUGCUGAGUUGUGGAAGGAGUUGGAAGAUAGGUAUGAUCAAACCAAUGGAGCGAAAUUGUAUCAAAUUCAAAAGGAGAUCAAUGAUCUCACACAAGGAGUUUUGGACAUUACUGUCUAUUACACAAGAAUGAAGAAGUUAUGGGAAGAGUUGAAUACUUUGAAUGUGAAGAAUCACUGCAGUUGUGUCUGUAUGUGUGGUGCAAAGGAUAGUAUAUUCAAGGCUGAGCAAGAUAGGCGCCUGAUUCAUUUCCUUAUGGGGUUGAAUGAAGUGUACACAGUGAUAAGAGGAAAUAUUCUCAUGAUGAAUCCUCUACCUUCUAUGGGCCAAGCUUUCUCAUUGUUAAUCCAAGAGGAAAAACAAAGAGAGUUCAAGCCUGUUGGUAGAAUGUCUACAGAAUCUGUGUCUUUGAAUGUUAAAGCUGUUGAUAACAAAGGUCAUGGAGGAAGAUCUUUUAGAACAAAUUUUCAAGGAAACAAUUAUGGAAAUCUUGGUGAUGCCAACAGUAGUUCAGGAGGAAAUUACUAUCCAAGUAACAACAGCAACAGGAGUGUCAUAGUGUGUGACUAUUGUAAAAGAUCUGGACACAUCAAGGAUAAGUGUUACAAGCUGCAUGGAUAUCCUCAAAACAAUAACAGACCAGGAAGUUACAAUGGUGGUCAGGGCUUUAGACAACAAGGCUCAAAUUACAAAGGAAGGAGAGUGGUAGCAAAUGUACAUGGUUCUGUAGGUGAUAUGGUACCUGCUAAUGGAGAAGAACAAUCACAAUUCCAAGGUGAUGUUUUAAAGAAUAUUAACUUCACAAAGGAACAAUAUGGACAGAUAAUGAAUCUACUGCAACAUUUCAAAAAUGAGAAUGUGGGAGAAGAUACUGGUGCCAAUAAUAAUGCUUCUGGUGUGGCUGCUGGAUCAAUGAACUUUGCAGGUAUUGUGGUUUGCUCUUCCUCUACUGUUUUUGACAACCUAUCAUGCAAAUGUUUUGAAUCAAGUGCAAAUCUAUGGAUCAUUGACUCAGGAGCAUCAAACCACAUAACCUUUAGUAAAAACUCUUUAAUCAAUAUCAAAACUCUGCCUAUUCCUAUACUAGUUUCUCUUCCAAAUGGAUACAAAGUCAAAGUAACAGAGUUUGGAGAUGCCCCUUUAGUGAAGAGGCCACAGGUUCUUGGUAAUUGUAGAGAUGGACUUUACUUCUUAUGCACAAAGUGCUUGAAGACAUCUGAUAAAGUCAAUACAUGUCAAAUAUGCUGUUGUUUUCCCAAUGAUAGUCUUUCUAGUUCCAUUAGAGGUGAAACAUGUAAUUCCAGUUCCUAUUCUCCUGACCAAUACAAAGUGUUAGCUUCUAAUUCUGUUCCUCUCAAGUGUAAAUCUUCUUUUAGUAAUAUGAAUGUCAUGGCUGAUCACAACUCUGGAGAUAAUGUAGAUUUGUUGUGGCACAACAGACUUGGCCAUGUACCUUUUGUUAAGAUGAAAAGGAAGUUUACAGGGAAGUUGGCAGCUUCAUCAAUGGCUGCUUACACUUUAGUUUGA